CCGCCCGCUCCCACCGCCGCCUUUGCGCCCAGGGAGCCCGGCGGGGGCGGCCACGUUCGCGUCUAUUGUAGUGGAUCCCCCCUCCCUCCCCCCCUUGCAGUCCCUUCCUUGGCGUUGUGUGCAUUGGCACGGGAGGCGGUGGGGGGCAGAGGAGCAUGGCCGACGAGCAAGAGAUCAUGUGCAAGCUGGAGAGCAUCAAAGAGAUCAGAAAUAAGACGCUGCAGAUGGAGAAGAUCAAGGCCCGCUUGAAGGCCGAAUUUGAGGCCCUGGAGUCGGAGGAGAGGCACCUGAAGGAAUACAAGCAGGAGAUGGACUUGCUGCUGCAAGAGAAGAUGGCCCAUGUAGAGGAACUGCGUCUGAUCCAUGCUGACAUCAAUGUAAUGGAAAACACGAUCAAGCAGUCGGAGAACGACCUCAACAAGCUCCUGGAAUCCACCCGCCGCCUGCAUGAAUUUCAUAAGCCUCUACUGAAGAACGCGUGUAUGAACGCUAUGAGGAUGGCAGCUGGGCUGCAGAGGUUGCCAGACUUUGUUUACUUUGAAAAGCAGAAGGCGGAAUGGCAGACGGAGCCACAGGAACCUCCCAUCCCGGAGUCUCUGGCUGCGGCUGCGGCGGCGGCACAACAGCUGCAGGUGGCCAGGAAACAGGACACCAGACAGACGGCCACAUUCAGACAACAGCCUCCGCCUAUGAAGGCUUGCUUGUCGUGCCAUCAGCAGAUCCACCGGAACGUUUCCAUUUGCCCGCUACAGUAA